AUGGAAAGAGGCAAUUGUAUAUGCACGCAAAUUGCUACCUUACUAGAACCUGUAGAAAAUGACGAGAGCGAAGAAUAUGAUCUAGUCGAAAGAGAAGACUCGGCAAUAGGAAAUGCACUUGAGAUGGCUCAAAACACAGAUUUUUUUCGCAAUCAACCCAAAACGAAUGUUGUGUAUCAAAGGCCACUACCCGGAAACCCAGUCGAAUUCAGGGUCAUGUUCCUCGGCAAUAUGACGGCCAAGGACAAGCACAUCUUGCGCAGUAAACUAUGUCAAAUGCUAGUAGAAUCCUAUCGCACCAGUCAGAAAAUAAAAACAAAAACAAAGACAAGGACAAUAACAAAGAACAGCUCGCCUCUUUCGCGUGAAUUUCUCUAUCAAGCCUUGACUCACUUGGAUGACCAUGGUCGCCAGUCAUACUGUCCAGAUAGUGGAAUCCAUCUCAUUGAGGUCGACAUGACCUGGUUUAAACCGAUUGACUCUCUACGGAACCACUACUACCAUGACAUGGAUAUCGAUGUCUUUAGCCCCCCAGAUGUUCAUCAGCGUGCCAAAAGAUAUCUAAAGUCACACUCGGCACUAACGGCCAAAGAGAUUUACCAAACACACCGGGGUAUUGACUUUGCAGUCUAUCUUUAUGGAUCUUUGUCAGACCUCAGCCGUGAACAAACCGAGGGCGAUCUCAAAAUUCUGGGACUUGUUCAGGAUCAUCGUAUCCCAAUUCUUUCCCUAAUCCGGUCAAAUGAUGAUGAUGAUGAUAAUGAUGAUAAUGAUAAUGAUGAUAAUGAUAAUGAUAUUAUUACUAGUAGUGGUAAUAGUAAUAGUAAUAGUAAUAGUAAUAGUAAUAGUAAUAGUAAUAGUAAUAGUAAUAGUGAUAUUGUUGGUGGUAGUAGUAGUGAUAAUGCACCAAUUGGAUUAAAAAAAGCACACAAGGAUACUUUUGCCAGCCGGACAAUUGUGGUUGGUAUGAGACACAAGCUACGACAGUAUCUCAAUGCAUAUAGAAUCGAAUGUCUUUCUUUGACGGGCAUACAGCCAGAAGCACCGACAUUUGCGAGUCAGGCACCACUGCCGAGUCCUGACCUGAUGUGCUUGGAUGAGUUUAGCUCGUUACAGAAGGAAAGUCUCAGAGAUUUACAUCACACACUCGUACAAAAACUCAAUCGCACAUCUCUAAAUGGUCGUUACGGCGAUGGUGAUGGUGAUGAUGACGACGACGGUGGUGGUGGUGGUGGUGGUGGUAGUAGUAGUAGUAGUAGUAGUAAUAGUAGUAGUAAUAGCAGCAACGGAAAUAACGGCAACGGCGUUAGUUACGGUUACAGCUAUGGCUAUGGCUAUGGUUAUGGUGGCAGUGGUUGUGAUGGUUGUGAUGUUGCUGCUGCUACUGGUGCCUUUUCUGAUAUGUCUGAUCUUUUUGAUACUACCGCUACUAUUAUUAAUGAUACUGCUGCUGUUGCUGCUACUGUUUCCGGUGGUCAAAUCGGUUGUCUAUCACGGUGUGUGACCUAUCUUUUGGCUGGGAUCGUCCUCGGAAUUACACUGGCUAUCAUCUUGUACACUUCUUUCUUUUGUCGUCUUACGGAGAUUCCCUCAGCUGAGCUUCUUCCCGUCUCAAAUGCGCCCGACUCCAAUUCGCUGCGGUACCUUUUUUCUGUUUCUGUUGGUGGUGAGUCGAGCAGAGAGCGAUCUUCAGACAAGGCGACGGCUACACAGCCCAGCAGUUUAUGGGUGCGUCUGACAGGAAUCGAUAAUCAGACAAGCUAUGGAGAUUGGCCUAUGAAACUUAAUACCAGCACUGGUCUCUAUACUGCGUCCGUACCCUCGCCGUGUUUGUUCCACAGUCCAACUGACUUUCUUGCAUCUGUGUGGAUCGCUGGUGUGAUGAGCCCCGAUCAGUCCGUCCAGCGCCUGACUCUUGAAGCCUGUCAACCCCAACACAUCCAACCAAAACAAGAAAGGAAUGACGCAUCAAGUCAGCAGAACAGCAAGAACAAUAAACAGCAAGAGAUUGAAGAGCAAGAGAUUAAAGAAGACGAUGAAGAUACUAAAGGAGAUGAAGAGGCGAAUGAUUUGAUGUGUAGCUUGAGCAGCCCAGAAGCAACCAAAAGGACAAAGAGAUAUGGCGGCGGCUGGCAAAUGAUUGCGUGGCAGGAUAGUGGAUUUGAAACUCUUUGGAAAGAAUGGAUUAAAAAGAUCAGAUCCUUGCUGUGGAUCGUUAAGGAUCGGGCUUGGGAAUGUAUUAUUAAGGCAGAAAUUACAAGUGCCUCAUUGUCUGAGAGGGAUUAUCAACAGGAACACAUUGUGUACCACAAAGCAUCUGGUCUGAUCCUACCGGACAUUGUGAUCCGUUUUUGGGUCGUGCUAGAAACAACAGAUAGUGGAACACUGGAGAAACGAUGCCGCACCCAGUUCAAAGAGCCAUAA